AUGUUAAACGGACUUCGUAUCAACCCAGAAUCUCUUACUUUUGACCUUGUCAUUGAUGAGAUUAUCCGACAUGGACUUAGAAUCGGAAACUUGGCGUCCAACAUGGGACGUAAAGUCUUGCCUUUACGUUUAGAGCUAUGGGGAACAGUCGAGGAACACGUAAACAAUGAUAUGAUUUUGGUCAGAAGAGCUUUGGAGGAAUCAGCAUUAGAGAGUAACUAUGGCAUGGUUCCAGCGAAGGAGUCAUCUGUUGAGAAGAUGCUGAAGAGGGUUAGAGUGGAAGAUGGAGAUGAACGUGAAAAGGGUGAAGAAAACAUCAAGAAAAGGAAGGUGAAAGGCGAAGAUUGCGUUAUAUGUUUGGAGGAAAUCAAGGUUGGAUCAGGUGCUUCUCGGAUGCCUUGUUCUCAUACUUUUCAUGCUAUCUGCAUCGAAACAUGGUUGAAGCAGAGCCAUUAUUGUCCUAUUUGUCGGUUUGAGAUGCCAACUGAGAGUUAG